AUGAACGAAGAAAUACACACAGAAAAUGCGGAAGAAAUAUUGGCAGACGAAAAGAUCCAAGAGGAUGAUACGAAGCGAGAACACAGAUAUGAUGAUGAUUUUUUCGAAGUGGCACAAUCUUUCGUUUCGGAAGAGGAAGAACCUUGCGAGGAAAAAGAAUGGGAAGAAGUAGAAGACAAAUUAUCUAUUCAAGAUUGGGAGAAGGAGGCAAAGAAGAAAGUUCAUAUAGAAAUGGAUGAUCCGAUGAGAAGACGGACGACUAUCUACGAUCUCGCUUCCUCUGGGCCGUCAGUGAAUGACAUUUGGAAAUUUGACACGGCGCAGAUAGCCGCAGAACCGAAGAAGAAAAUUCGAUAUUCCGUGUCGAUGGGAAUGUCGGGAAUAGCGAGAAUCGAUUUGUCGCCGCUAACGCAGAAGAUCGUCGGCUGUGUCAUCGGCGAGAAUGUUACCACGGAAUAUCCAUGGGUAUACGUUAGGAAAGAUAUCAUCGAGGAUAAUAUAGAUCUGCAUUCCGAGAGCAGCGACUUCCUACCGGUAAAGGACGAGAUUCAAGAAUAUCCUGACGAACAGAUUCUCAUCGGCUACGCACCCUCCCUUUCCGAAGAGGGCCAAUUUUACAUUGUUCUCACCGAGGAAAGUAAAGAUGCAAUAAUGAGGGCUAUACAAACUCAAAAAGACGAUCACGAGAAUCGUGUGAGAUACGCAAUCUACAAGUCUCUUGGUAAAUGGGACGAUUUAGGAAGCGGUGCCGAGAUCGACGAGUGUAGCGUCAAAAAUACGAGACCGCUAUUCGAGAUUGAGGUGACGUCUACAACCGAUUUGCUGAACGUGUCGAUAAAUCUGACGGACAGGAAGGCGGACGAUCAGAGAGAUGGAUACAUCGAGUUGCUGCCGUACCGGCAAAUAUUCGAAAAUGUAUGGCGUAAAUUGGUAAGCAGGGCUACGCAAGUGAUGCCAAUCGUACAGCACAACGAGGCGCAAACGGCGCCAUCGAUACCCGUCAAUUCCUGGUACCAAUAUCAGUAUGAAUACGAGACAGUCGAUUUGUCUGCCUAUACUGAAGACAAGAUAGAGUCCUUGAAAGAUUUCCUGGAACGUUAUACCGACGAUAUGUGCAACCAAAUUUUAAUGAAUUCCACAUGGGAUAUAUAUGCAAACGAUUUUGCAAAUUUAGUACAUAAUGAGAAGGACACGCAGGCACCAGUACCGAUAGUUUACGAAGAACAUCAGAGCUACUAUGAUGGAAAAAUCAUCGCGGAUAAAGUUAUCAAUGAUUUCUGCUGGCAUCCGUUUUGGACCGGAACCGCGAUAGCUACUUACACGCAAUAUGCCAAGAGCGAGCAUCUGAUCGGGCCAAAAACUUAUGACGAGGUAUUUUUAGCUUGCGAACGCAAUAAUCGAAUAUUAAUAUGGUCCUUCACUGACUGUUUGUCGCCUAAAUUAAUUCUUGAAUGUUCACGAGAGGUAACGUCUAUUGCUGUCUGUCCUCUUGAUGGUAGCAUCAUCAUAGGCGGUUGUAAAAACGGUCAGAUCGCCAUCUGGCACAUUCCUGGUAAAAUUGAGCGGGUGGAAUCGGUGAUAGCUCAGACGGUUGCUCAAGUAAAGUACAGCAUCGCGAUGAAGAGUCUGAUGACGUGGAUGCACGAGACGACGGUAACAUCGCUGAUCAAUCCAGUGGCAUUGUCCUCGCUCAAGUAUAGCCAGAAGGCAAGCAUUACUCAGAUAAUAUGGAUGCCCUCAUAUCAUAAGAUUGAUAAAAACGGUCAAAUCUCGUCUUUGCCAGACGACGCGUCCUUCAACGAUCUGAGUUGUCAAUUCGUAACUGCCAGCGAGGAUGGCACAAUCGCCUUCUGGGAUCUUAAAUGGCGACCUUCAGAAAAGGAUAUUCGACAAGUUCGUAGCAAGCGAAAGAAAAAAACCCAACCAGAUAUCCAGAAAUCGAUGACGCAGCCUGAGUCGCCCUUUAAGAUUCUCGAUCGCAUCUUGAAACCCGAUUACAUCCUCGUGAUUCAAUAUCCGGAUGAGAGCCGGCAGCUCGUGAUAACAACGCUCAGCAUGUACAAUCCGAAGUUUCGCAAAGACCAAAUCGAACCAUUCUCAGCGAGGGACGACAUUACAAUUAGAAAGUACUAUAGACCCAUAAUCGAGAAGCCAGACUACAUCAUGGAGCCAAAGCUGCUCGUCGGAACCGUCGAAGGUGAUUUCGGUUGCAUAACAUGGAGUGGCUACGAAUUCGCCACCGAUGUUAGUGUGAAUCGGGAAACGGCACGAUGGCUCUGGAUAAAGAGGACACACGACGGGCCGGUGAUGCACUCGGUUAGAUCCAAUUAUUAUCAUCAAGUGGUGGUCACGAUAGGCGGCAAGAUUUUCGCUGUAUGGAGAGAUGAUUUCGGCGAGCCGCUCAUUUGGAAGAAGUCCAAUGUCAGAUACACGGCAUGUUCUUGGGGAAUUUUGCGGCCGACCAUUUUGAUUCUGGGAAGAAUGGAUGGAACCAUAGAAAUCUGGGACUUGGUGGUCAAGAGCCAUGAACCGAGUUUUGUGCAAAGUUUGUCCGGACGGAUAAUUACAGGCAUCUAUACGCACGAACUGCCCCUUGAACCGCAAUGUAUCGGUUUUUGCGAUUUCAACGGCUCCCUAAGAAUAUUUACGGCGCCGCGUGUCUUACUGACGUACGACGUGAGUGACGUCGAAUGGAUGAAAAAAUUCAUUGAUCGACAGGUUCAAAGGAUAAGCGAGUUUAAAGCGUGGCAGAAAACGUGGCGCGAAACAAAUCGUGAGGAUAUUGAGAUGAAAAAAAAAGAUAAAAUGGCAGAGGUGAAAAAACGUUUGGAGGCUGAGGAGCGGAUUAAAACUGAUACGAUCGAAACAGUUCGCGCAACUACUCCUACGAGAACCACACGCCGGAAACCCUGGCAUUUCGUCGAAGAAGCCAAGGAACGAUGGAUGUCAAUGGAGGUAAAGCGCAUGCAACGACUGAUCUUGGAGAAAAAAGGGCUGAGGAAGGACGUCCUCGAGAGACAACGUGCACCUCUUCUUAGAUUGCGACAGGAGGAGAGGACAAAGAAGCGCAAGAUACGUGAGAUCCUGAAUCUACAGGACAAGAUCUUUGAGGAAGCUGUCGUAUUCCUCUUUCCGGAGCAGGAGGAGCAGGAACGCAGAGAAACUUUGUUGCCUCCUUUGCCAGUCUCUACGACCGAUAGACGCUUAACGAUCGAGUUCAUUAAGAAGGAAACCGCUUUUCGAAAAAAACUACUAAUUAUUCUUUCUAUUGAAAAGGACGUUUUUGUCGACCCAGAGGAAGAAAUUAUAUACAAUUUUCUGGAAGUGCAAGCCGAAGCUCUGGUCAAAUUAAAGAGUAUGCCUUUCGAACGCACGUUCGACUGGCGCAAAGUACUCGCGCGAGGAAAGUCGAGGAGAAGAUCGAUGGACUCAAGAAGUUAA